UUUUUACUCUUCCUCUCCAUUUUCUGUUUUAGGUUCCGGAGGGGUCUGACUAGAAAGCCAAUGGCUUUGAUCAAGAAGCUACGCAAAGCGAAACGUGAGGCACCACCGGGUGAGAAGCCAGAACCUGUUAGAACUCACCUUCGUAAUAUGAUCAUAGUACCUGAAAUGAUUGGAAGCAUCAUUGGAGUUUACAAUGGGAAGACCUUCAACCAGGUUGAAAUCAAGCCUGAGAUG